AUUGAUUAUAAUAAUAUGCAAAUUUUAUUCUAUGGUUUAUAUUUGUGCAAAAUAUGAUUUAAAACAAAAAAAGUAACUAAAAUAAAGCAACUUUAUCAAUAUAACCUAUUAAAUCUUACAACUCCAAAACAUAUAAGGAAAAACUCAUAAACAAGAAACAUUUUGUGUCAUUAUUGUUGUUAUUAUUAUGAAAAUAAAUGUCAAUUGCAAAUCCACACACUUAACAGUUGUUUCCUACUGCUGUAGUGCUGCUGCUGAAUAGAGAACGUAUGUGCGAGCGUGUGAAUUGUUUUGAUUUUUCUUCUUCAUUUCUUGUAUUUUCCCCAUUUUGCUGCCUAUUGUUUUAUGUGUUUUUUUUGGGGAAAAUCUUUUGUUCAUAAAAUCAAAACCAACAACAACAGCCAGCUCUAAAGCAUAACUAAGGAUUACAAUUCUGUUUUGGAACACGGAGAAUAACAACUACAAAAAAAACAAACAAACAAAAUAACUAAAAUAAAAAUGUUGACUUCAAAAAGGGACCAACUUUUGUUUUGCUGAUCGAAGAAAAAUUCUUCUUGUCUAAGAGAAGUAACGGUUCUUACCGAAUACUUUAUAAGCAACAAACAAAACUUCAUGAACACAUUGUACCAUGUCAACACGCAAAUCAACACUAGCUUCUCCAAUAGCUCAAGGGACGAAGGUGGAAAAUGCCUCAACAUCAUCCACUACACACACUACAAAAUCUUUAGAGAAAACAAAUGCCUGCUCACCAACGGCAGACAGACCAGAAAUGGGAGCUAAUGCCUCUUCCAACGCGAACAUAGUUAAUACAAGUGAUUCAAAAGCAACAGAACAAAUCCAAAAAACAAAUCAAGAUACUAAACCAUUUCUACAGAGAGUUACAAGGAACUCGCCACUUUUGCUGGCAUCGCCGCUUGUUGGCGGCAUAACAAUUAAAAAAGAGCCGUUGGAUCCAAACGAACAUCAUACAAAUAGUGAAAGUGAGGAGGUAGGUGGAGCCACCAAUACUACUACAAAUACAAAGAAAACAAACAUAAGGGGGCGUAAGUCACUUAAGGAACAUAAAGAAUUGGCGGAGAAAGAAGAAGACAUAGAGGCCAAAGAAAAAACAAAAGACAAAGAAGAUAUUGUAAAAGAGACAAAAGAAGAACAUACGGAAAAGAAAGAGCUGAAAGAACAAAUUGAGCAAAAAGAUACAACUACAUCAUCUGUUCAGCCAACUACAACAACUGCCUCAAAUCGUUUGACCCGUAAAUCUGUGGCAAACCAAGAAGCUGCCAAUACUCGUGUUACCAGACAGCGUCAGUCUAGCGGAGCUUCAGCACGUUCCGAAACUCCUCCAGCGAGGUUCAGAAGUGGUCGUUGCAUAGGAAGAGGCAAAAUGCCAGUACCAAUGAUUGAUCCUACUCCUGCAGUCACAAAACGCAAACGUUCUGUGGAUGUAGAUAAUGCCACAAGCGUCAAUAAAUCCACUAUAGAUGAACCAGGUCCAAAAUAUAUCAAAAUAGAGGUCAAAGAUCCAGAUAUAGAUAAUGAGGAAGUAUUGCUGUCUUCACAAAAUACCAGUGCCAGUUCGGAGAGUACUGAUGAACCCACAAUUAAAAUCAAGCAAGAACUUGUAGAUGAAAGUGAAAAUGAAAUGCCUGCAACUUCAGAAUCCACUGCAACAACUGCCAACACCUCUUCAGCAAGCACAGCAGUUAAUACAAAUUCUGGCAGAGGCAAAGGAAAUCGAGGAGGCCCCAGAAAAUCGACUACUAUCUCUUCCACAACAUCAACUACCAAUAAUUCGCCUAGUACUCGAGCUACUCGCCAGACAAAACAAACCUCACCGGUUCAAAGCAACAGCACAUCAACAGAAACUAAAAGAAGACGUAUGGGCUCACAGACACGAAGUCUAUUAAAAACGAAUGUUGGCAGUAAUUCCAAGAACCAGCCUGCAAAUGAAGAAGAUGAAGACUCUAAAGAUAGUGAAGCUUCCUCAACAAACACAGACGACAUUGUUUUGGCACUGAUCAAAAGUGAGAAAAUCUCCAUGGAAAUGGAUGACGACAACACCAAUGAUGCCAAGGAACAGCCUGUUACCGUUGAAAAGGACGAAUGUAUUAAAACAGUUGUUGUAGCUGCAGAAGAAAGUAAUGAUUUGCCACCCUUAGUGAUUGACACAGAUGUAGCGCCAUCAACAAGCGGCGAAAAUGUAGAAAUUGUUGAAUCGACAGCCGCUUUAACACCUGUAGCAGCCAGUUGUUCGUCUUUGGCCUCUGGUUCUGAAAAAGCUGCCUCUUUGAGCCCUUCUGAGUUGCUGAGCGAAGGUGUAUCCGAAAUCAGUGUUAAACAGUUUUAUAAAAAACCGAAAUUUUUGGAAAAUAACUUGGGCAUAGAAGAAGAUCCUAAAUUGGGCAAUAUAGUGCAGAAAGUAGCUGGUAUGGAACCAACAGCAGCAGUAACAGUAACAACACCAGCUUUAACAAUAUCUACGGCUCCCGCAGUGACAGCCACAACAAUAACAAAAACUACCACGUCUGAUGUGCGCAUACUAGAUGAUUCUAAUUCAAAUGAAUCCCUUAAUGAGGGAACUUUACGUUUUGAAGAAAGUAUUGAGGAAAAGAAAUCUACAUCUCAAGAUGAUUGCAAUAGUUUAAGUUCUGGUGGCAAUUUAACACCACUACUAAUCGUGGAAGACGAUGAUGAUGAAGAACUAGAGGAAGUAAUUGAAAUUAAAGAGAAUGCUGCUCAAAUGCCAGAAACUUCACAAAUAGAAAAAUCAUUACAAAACACUGCAACUAAAACUGAGACUUUAAGCGAUAUUGUAGAAAAAGAAAAUCUAAAACUUAAUGUCAUCGACGUUGAUGAGGAGGAAGAAACCGAACGGGAUCAUGAUCAAGAAGAUGAAUUAACUUUAGAAGAAAGUGAAACUAUAUCCAUGGACAAUAAUGCAUCGAUAAAUGAUGAGGUUAUAACAGAAAUCGAAGAUACAGCAAAUGAAGAAAAUAUAACUGAAAUCGAGGAUUUUACCGAUGUUACGGAAGUAAUACAAAAACCCAGCAAACCAGAUGCAACAGUUGCCCCGACUGUUCAGGAUAAAAAUAAAUCAUCACUUAAUGAAUCUUGUGACGAUGAAUUUACAAAACUUGAACUCAUUAUCGAUGAUAAGGAAAAUUCAUCACCAGCAAAUAUCGUUACUGAUGUAAUCAGUCUUGACGUUUCUACUCCUACAACAACAGCUGAGGAUGAAGAUAAUGAUGUUUUGGCAAAAAUAGAUGCAGAAUUGAAGAAAAUCGAUGAACGUAGCAAAGAAAAACUUAUAACUAAGGGAGAGGACAAGUUGGCAGUUGCACAUGUUUUAAACUCAGCCGAAGAGAGAGUUAAGGAUUCUAUAGAUGAACUUAUUGUUUCCCAUGAAAGUAUGGAUAUUGAUGGUGACGUUAAAUUAUCUGAUGAAGACGAAGCUAAAAUUAACACCAAAGAUGAAGCAAUUAUUGAUGAUGUAUUGGAUAUUAAAUUAGAUGAUGAGCAGCCCUUAAUUAUUGCUGAAGAUAUUAAACUAUUAGAUGGCAAAGAUAAAACAAGCGAUGACGAAGAUGUGGGCAUUGGCAGUGAUAUGGAUAGUUUAUUAAAAGAUGAAAAAACGGAGAUUAAAGAUAAUUUGGUUAAGACAUCAUCUUCUGACACUGAAAUCGAGGUUUUAAAUGGCAAACCCACACCGACCUCUUCAUUGGGCAGUUCGCCCAUCAAACUGGGUUUAGUACUAAUAAAAGAUGAUGAUUCAACAUCCAUGAAAUCGGGACAAUCAGCAACGUCGUGGAUAACACUUGAUCUGGAAAAUGAUGAUGAGGAAACACUGAGGAAAAAAGAAUUACACCUACAGAAUUUGGGCUUGGUAACACACAAGGCGGCCGAAAAGCGACGCUUAGAAGUUAUCCAAAGUUCAGCCGCGAAUGUGGAGGCCUCAAAGGCAGCCACACAACAUCAACAACAGAACAAAAGAAAUGGUAAAAAUUCAUCUCAUGCUGCAUCCACACAUCACGAGUAUACUGGUACAUUGAAAACAAUCAUCAAAAUUAAUCGUAAUUCAACAGGUGGUUCGACCAGUGGUGGUAGCAAUGGACGCAAAACGCAAAGCAACACAGCCGGUUCUUCUACGUCCAAAGAACAACAACAGCAACAAAGGCGUCAAUCAUUGAAAAUGACAUUCCAAAAAGGACGUGCUCGUGCCCAUGGUACUGGCAAUAGUGAUCGUUCUCAGCAAGAUCGUGAAGGUCAUGGUGAAGACAGUUAUUAUACUAUACAAAAUGAGACUGAAGGUGCGCUUCAAAAAAUUCAUUCUUUUCCUACAACCUCUACUACCUCUGUAACUAGAUUAGCUUUAACACAUACUAACAAUAAUAAUAACAAUAUCGUUAAAAACUUAACCACCACGUAUGCUAGAAAAUCAUAUAAUUAUCGUUAUAAUCAUCAACAUCAUACGCAUAGUGCCACCUCUAACAACACUGCCCAUAUUUAUGAAUUGGAAUCUCAUGACCAUGUGGCUGGUGUGACCAAUAAAAAAGACGAAAAAGAAGAAAUUCUUAUACCGGAAAAGGCAUCAUCUUUCAAAUUUCAUCCGGGACGUUUGUGUGAAGAUCAAUGUUUCUAUUGUAGUGGCAAAUUUGGUCUAUACGAUACACCCUGUCAUGUGGGCCAAAUAAAAUCCAUGGAAAGACAACAAAAAAUCUUAGCCAAUGAAGAAAAACUAACGGUGGAUAACUGUUUGUGUGAUGCCUGUUUCCGUCAUGUUGAUCGUCGGGCCAAUGUACCCUCAUAUAAGAAACGUCUAUCAGCACCAGGAAAUUUAGAAUCCCUUGCUUCUACAUCAUCGAAAUCCACUGAGAACCAACAAUAUGAUGAUCAACAUAAUGCCGAAACAGAAGGUGGCGAUGGUUUCACGGCAAACGCCACUUCACGCAAAUGUUUAGUACCCGACUGUGUACAUCCUGCAGCCCACUCACUAAGACGUAAAUGUAUACGCAAAAGUGUCAAAAAGUUCUUGCUUAAAUUUGAGAUUCCAGCGGGUGUGGCCAGUGUUUGGCUGUGUCAGUCUCACUAUGAUACAGUAAUACAAUGUUCUGGCUGUGUUUUAUGCAAGAGACGUUUGGGCAAAAAUCACAUGUAUCACAUAACAUCGGACACUGAUCGUUUGGAAAAGGCCUUGUGUGAAAUGGGCAUACCCGUGCAAUUGGGCAUUGGCACCGCUGUUUGUAAACUUUGCCGAUAUUUUGCCAAUUUACUGAUGAAACCGCCAGAUAGCACCAAAUCUCAAAAGGCGGAAUUUGUUAAAAACUAUAGAAAACGCCUUUUACAAUUUCACAAUAUUCACGAUGGCAGUAAUGAUGCUUCAGAAGCUGAUGAAGAUAGCAACAGUAAUAGCGCUUCGAAUCACGACAACAAUGAGUUACAACAGAAAACUGAUUCGUUACCACAAGGAAAUGAAACAUCAGCUAAUCCAAAAGAUGCGACAGAAACUUCGGAAGAACAAUUGGCAGACAAAUCAAACAUGAAUGCCAACAAUGCCCUCGAAGAAAGUACAACCACAAAUACUCUACAACAUGACUUUGAAACAGCCGGCAUGUCUUCAGAUUCUUCCAAUUCUUCAUCUGGUUCGAAUACCGCCACAAAUUCACCAAGUGAAAUGUCUAAAUUAAAAGCAAUUUUGCAAAGCAAUGCUUCUGCCGAAAAGCAACCAUCUGCCGACAUAUCGAAUGUCUUAAGAGCAAAUCCGAACAUCUCAAUGCGUGAAUUGUUUCCGGGCGAAGAAGACUUGGGUUUGCACUUCAAAGCACCCUUUGGCGGCAAUAGCAGUCAGCGUACCCCCGAAGGCUGGACUAGAGUACAAACAUUUUUACAGUACGAUGAGCCAACUCGUCGACUCUGGGAGGAAUUACAAAAACCGUAUGGCAAUCAAAGUUCUUUUCUGCGCCACUUGAUUUUACUAGAAAAAUAUUUUCGCAAUGGUGACUUGGUGCUCUCGGCUAGUGCCUCCAGUAAUGCUAGUGUUUAUACACAAACUGUAAGACAGCGUUUAACUUCCUACGACAAAGGUCAUUGUGGAGGUUUACACAUGGGUACUGGCACACCAAAGGAAAAUGCUUCUAGUGGCGGUAGCAGUAGUAACACUUCUAAAGCCAAGGAAAUCGAUCCUCAAAUACCAACAUUUGUAAUCAAUGAAGACGACGAUGAAGAAGAUUCUGAAGAUCAAGAUGUCGAAAUGACUGAGGUAGACAAAUUAUCGAAAUCUUCUUCAUCUAUGCCAAAGGACAGCGGCAAUGCCACUAAUCAAAAUAAACAACAAUUGCAACGAUCACGCAGUCUUUCUGUAGAUAAACUUACCAAACAGUUAAGCUCGAAUGCUGUUACAAUAACAGCACGACCAAAAGACCCAGCAUCAUUGGCAAAUAAUAAGAGAGCUACACCAUCGCCACAAAAAUCAUUGCUUAAAGAUAAUCUUAUGGCAGCGCCCGCCAAUACUUCAAGCUCUUCAACAUCAGCUAACUUAGCAGCGGCUAAUGCUGCUGCAGCAGUAGCUUUGGCGGCCUCUACUGCCUCGGCCAGUGCGGGUUGUCCAAGCAACAGCCGCAGUAUUUUGAAAUGUAAUUUAUUGGGCAUUAAUAAAUCGGUAGAAAUAUUACCUAUCAAUAGUUCUCCAACUACUACCAUAACUAAAUCCACCAGCAAUCCUAACGCACCCCCACCACCGCCUCCCCCUCCAGCUCCCAUACCGCCAGUACCCGAAACUAAACAACAGAAGAUACUUGAUGUGGCCAAUAAAUUGCUGGGCAACCAUUUGGAAGCAGCUGCUGCCAAUCAGAAUAAAAACCAAGCCUCACUUUUAAGUUCACCACCAGAAUUGGUGAGUUUGCAAAGGAGAUCCACGGGACAAGUGAUGCCGGUUGCAGCAUCUGCAAAUAAUAACCAACUAUCUGGUAAUCUUGUCAAACGUCCUCAAUUAUUAGCUAAACCUGGAACAUCAAGACCUCCUCCAAAUGUUGUUAUACUGCCAGAUACGUUAACGCCGCAAGAACGUUUGCAAAGCAAGACAUGGCGUCCCACACUUAUGCCUGUGGAGGAAAAUCAAAAUUUGCUCAACAAAAACGGACCACUAUAUCAGACAGCAGAUGGCCGAAGACUGCCGGCAUUGGUGCAAGUACAAUCGGGGGGCAAACCUUUCCUUAUUUCUAUAUUUGAUUACAAUCGUAUGUGCAUUUUACGCCGCGAAAAACUUAUGCGCGAUCAAAUGUUGAAAGCCACAAAGAAACGGCAAGAAGCUAAGCAACAACAACAGCAGCAGCAGCAACAACAAGCUCAAGCACAUCAGCAGCAACAUCAACAUCAGCAGCAACAACAACAACAACAUUUACAAAAUCAGCAACAACAGCAUCAGCAACAAUUCCAGAAAACAAAUUUACAAAACAUCAACAAAAAUUAUCAAACCUCAUCUGCAGCUGUUAAUCAACGCCAACAACAGGUGGCACAGCAGCAAUUGUUACAAUUGCAACUUUUGCAACAUCAACAAGCUCUAUUCAAAGCAGCCGCUGCUGCCAACAAUUCCUCCAAUUCACAAAACCCACCACGAUAUCAAACAAUUGCUCCCAAACCCGCUACCAGUAACAUCACAACUAUGCCUCCCCUUCAAGCCCCCAUUAACACUAAUGCCAAUUUCACCACCCCCAUGAUGCCUCUAUUAGCAAAUGCUAUUACAAAUGCAGCUAAUACCGGCACUGUCAAUCCCGCCUCCUCCUCCUCACUCAAUAACACAUCAUGGCUGUGGAAUAAUUUCCCCGAUGCCAAUCAACUCUUACUCAAUGGUGGCGCAACUCCGGGGGGUGCGAACGUACCAAAACUCCCCCAACUAUUAGCCAAACCUAACAAUCCUGCUACAACUUUAACAAAUGCCAACAAUGCUAUGAAACAGCAGCAGCAGCAACAACAGCAGCAGCAGCAACAGCACCAGCAACAACAAUAUUUAUUGUCAAAAAUUCCAAAAUCUCUAACUGUUAUACCCCAGCAUAAGCUAAUGCAUAAUAAUGCCGGUGCAGCCAUUGGCAAUACUGGAGGUAAUAUGAUGAAAGAGUGAUGAUUAUUAAAUUGUUAUUGGACAGUUAAAAGUCGCAGAAGAAUUCAUUAUAGCAACCGUAAAUAUAUCAAUAAACGUAAAGGAAGGACUUGUAAUACGCAUUGUCGUAAAACAAAAAAAUAUUAAAAAAAGACUUUUUGGUUAAGUUACAAAGAAAUACAAAUGAAAGGUAUACAACAUCAUUUUAUUUUGGUUAUUUUAUUAUUAUUAUUAUUAUUUUUAAUUAUUACACUUAUAUAAUAAGACUCGUUUAUUUUUUUUUAAAUACUAAUUCAUAGAAAAAAGUGAAUUAAAAUUUGUUAAGUAAAAAAUAACUAUAUACUACCUAUAUUAUAUGUUAAGGAAAUCAACCUCAUAUAUAAAACAAAACCUGUAGUUAAUAAGCAAUACUUAAAAUUUAGAAAUAAAACAAACAAAAAAAUUAAUUUAAAAACAAAGAAUGAAAAAAUGAAACAAAUUAACAAGGUUUUUAGAAAACUAAUAUUUAAGGAAUAACAGUGCCUAACAUUACUAUAUGAAAAAAAAAACAAAAGAAAAAAACAAUAAUUUGAAUAAAAGAUUUUUGGAAAAAAUUAUUUAAAACAUAAAUUGAAUUUGGUUUAUAUUGAACACAAAAUACAUACAUACAUAUACUAUACAUACAUAUAUACAAACACAUACAACUAAACAAAUAUCAAAUUGAAUAAACAAAAGUUAGCAGGUUUACAAAAAAAAGAAAUAAUUAAAGGCCUCCAUAGUUUAGUCAUUAAUAUUUAAGUUGAAUUAAAACAAACAUUUAAAUAACAAAAAAAAAAAAAAAAGAAAAUACAAAAAUAAACAAGCAAAUAUUAUAUUUACUUUAUAACUUUAUGCAUUAAACAUUUAAAUUGUUUAAUUAAAUCUUAUAAUUAAAAUGUUAAUCAUACAAUGAUUUUAUAUUUGUCCUAAGGCAAACUAUAUAUUAUUAUUAUUACUACUAUUUACUACUACUAAAUACAUACACCACAACACACACUCGUACAUAAAAUUCUUAUAUACAUACACACAUACAUACAUAGAGGACGUUAUUUGUUUAUACAUUAAUACAUACAUUUACACAGUUUUUUUUUCUUUUCUUUCCUAAUUUCUUUACUUUUUUUUAUUUAUACUCUUAUUUCUAAACAUAGAAUAUUAUAAAAAUAAUAAUAUAUUACAUACCUACAUUACAUAUUAUUUUAGAACAUUUAAUUUUUUUAUUAAAAUUAUUAUUUUUUGUUAAUAUUAUCAUUUAUAUGUAUAUUUCUUUAACUACAUAAAUCGAAUAUGCAUAAAAUUACUUUGUGAGUUAAUAAAAACAACAAACAAAUCUGUUGUAUAAAAAUUGGAAACAAA